AUGGCGAGAGCGCUCGUGGUGACUUCCGCCAUGGCCUUGCUGCUUGUUGUCUUUCUGCUGGCCGCGGCGCCAUCGCCAGCGAUCGCGCUGGACUUCACUGAGAAGGACCUGGCGUCAGAGGAGUCCCUGUGGGCGCUGUACGAGCGGUGGCGUGCGCAGCACACGGUGUCGCGCAACCUCGGCGACAAGGCCCGCCGCUUCAACGUGUUCAAAGAGAACGUGCGGCUCAUCCACGAGUUCAACCUCGGCGACGAGCCCUACAAGCUCCGACUCAACAGCUUCGGCGACAUGACCGCCGACGAGUUCAGCCGCGCCUACGCCUCCUCCCGCAUCGCCCACCACCGCGCGUUCCGCGGGGACCGUACGAGUGGCGACUUCAUGCACGGCGCCGCCGCAGCCUCGAGCCUCCCGUCGUCGGUGGACUGGCGGGCGAAGGGCGCGGUGACCGGCGUCAAGAACCAGGGUGGGUGCGGCAGCUGCUGGGCGUUCUCGACGGUCGCGGCGGUGGAGGGCAUCAACGCGAUCCGCACCGGCGACCUGACGUCGCUGUCGGAGCAGCAGCUCGUGGACUGCGACACCUCCGACUCCGGCUGCAACGGCGGCCUCAUGGACAACGCCUUCCAGUACAUCGCCAGCAACGGCGGGAUCGCCUCCGAGGACGCGUACCCCUACACGGCGCAGCAGGCGUCCACCUGCAACACGGCGCCGCCCGACGUGGUCACCAUCGACGGGUACCAGGACGUGCCCGCCAACAACGAGGCCGCGCUGCAGAUGGCGGUGGCGGCACAACCUGUGUCCGUGGCCAUUGACGCGAGCGGGUCCAAGUUCCAGUUUUACUCAGAGGGGGUGUUCGCCGGGAAGUGCGGGACUGUGCUGGACCACGGCGUGGCGGCGGUCGGGUAUGGCGUCACCGUCGACGGCACCAAGUACUGGAUCGUGAAGAACUCAUGGGGCGCUGACUGGGGUGAGCAGGGGUACAUUCGCAUGAAGCGGAACGUGAAAGACAAGAAGGGACUCUGCGGCAUCGCCAUGGCGGCAUCCUACCCCGUUAAGACAUCACCCAACGCCAAACAGGGAGGUGUCCUCCGUGAUGAGCUCUGA